AUGUCUAGUCAACGACGGCACCAAGACUAUGCGAUCGGGUGGAUAUGCCCGCUGGAGGUGGAGCAGACCGCAGCCUUAUUGAUGUUAGAUGAAACGCACGAUCGCCUCACACAACAGCCAGCAGACCAGAAUGUCUACACUCUGGGAAGCAUUGCUGGCCACAAUAUCGUGAUUGCCGGUUUACAUCAGCCCGGCAACAGCCCAGCCGCCACUGUAGUCACUCAAAUGCGAAACACGUUUCCAAGUAUCCAUUACGUUCUCUUAGUCGGUAUUGGAGGUGGAGUCCCCGUUAGAACCGAGAGUGAUUGGGUCCGACUGGGAGAUGUGGUUGUUAGCAAGCCUAUUGGGGAAUAUCCAGGGGUGGUGCAAUAUGACACUGGCAAAGCGGAAGUUGGUCAGUUCAAACGCAUUGGAGCUCUGCCUCCGCCCCCUGUAGUUCUUCUACAAGCGGCACAAGACAUGGCAGUAAAGCGGGCCCUUCUGAAGACACAGGACGACCCAAUCUCGAAAUGUCUUCAACGCAUACCUAGUGACAUCCCUGCUUUGGAAAAGUAUCUUCACCCGGGCUCUGCAAAAGAUCGUCUCUACCACAAUGAUUAUAUCCAUAAGCAACCCGGCAUCCCUUGUGACGAAUGCAAGUGUGAUCUUGCCAGGCUCAGGUUGCGUGACGGCCCUGGAAAAGCGAGCCCUGAAUAUGUCCGUGUUCACAGAGGUGUAAUUGCUUCGGGCGGAAUGGUGAUCAAAGACGCCAACAAGAGAGACGAAUUGGCGGGGAAGUACGGCAUUCUGUGCUUUGAAACUGAGGCUGCAGGAAUCCUGGCCGACCUGCCUGCCUUGGUGAUCCGCGGAAUCGCAGACUACUGUGACUCUCAUAAGAAUGACCAGUGGCAUGGGUAUGCUGCAGCUACGGCAGCAGCAUACGCUCGCCAGCUUAUUCUCCAUACGCCAACGUAUAGUAACUUGAGGUCGACGCCAUUUGAUAACAAAGUGGUUAAUACAGCAUCUCCCAGCCUGAUAAUACCCUGGGUGCAGUUAUUCGAACAGAUGCAAACGUUGCAAUUAACGGCUUCUAGCCUCCUGCCCUCCGUAAAUGACCAGCGUAAGGAGCUCGCUGCCUGGAUUGCUCUGUCUCGCCCCCAGUUCAAAAGAUGGGCAACUUCAACCCUUGAAGUCUCAAAGGUGCUGUGGAUCCGUGGAGGUCCGGGAUGCGGCAAGACUGUUUUGACUGCGAGCAUUAUACAACAUGUCACAACAUAUUUCUUCUGCAGGCAUGAGGAUGAACGAAAGCAAGACCCGAACGAAAUUGCACGUUCCUGGGUUCGGCAAAUAGUGAACAAAAUGGAUGACGCAGUAAAUAUAGCGUAUCCGCUAUGCGAGAAAAACAAAUCACGUGCGGCCACCGUGACGGAAGUAUGGGAAAUAUUGUACCAGAUAUGUCAUGGCAUGGAUAAUUGUAUGCUCUUUUUGGAUGGGCUUGAUGAGUGUGUAAUGUCGGGUGGUCCAUGGCAUCAAGAUAAGGCGAGCUUUCUUGCGCACCUAUGGAGCACGGUAAGUGGAACAACAGCUAGAGUCCUCAUAUCCAGCAGAACCCGUCAGGAUGCAAUAGCCCUCCUUGAGUACAACAUCGCCACUGAGGACACCGCACAGGAUAUUAUUGACUACUCAACUAGCGUCGUUAACGAGAGACUCGGGAUAUCCAAGGAUGUUGCACACAAAUGUGGCGGCAUGUUCCUGUGGGUCCGACUUAUGGGGAAACAACUUUCUCCCGGAUUGAAUAAAAAUCAGACGUAUCAAAGAGAGAUGCAAUCCAUCCUGAAUCUUGGCGUUGAUGAAAAGUUGCGAGCUAUUGGGAUCCUUCGGUGGACAUAUUUCGCUGCCCGCCCUCUUACUGUACGAGAGUUAACAGAGGCACUUCUCACAGAAGCCACUUCUUUGACCACAUACCCAUUCGAUGAGAUGCCGGAUACAUGGGAUGAAUACUACUCGCUGGUCGAUAUACGGGGCUCUUCUGCAUCUAGCAUCACAAACCAUACAGUUCACUUCAUACACACAUCUGUGAAGGAGUUUCUGUCUCAGACCAGCGCAGCAAAAGAGCAUGAGUUGCUCGCUAGAACCUGCCUCACUUACCUUUGUUUUGAUGAGAUUACCGUGGAUGAUCCGUAUGACUUAGAUGUCUUGCAGAACAAAAAGGAGAUGUUUCGGUUUUUAGAAUAUGCAUCCCUGUUUUGGUAUGCUCAUUUCAUUCGGGUGUUGCUCGAUCCCUCCUCAACUCGCUGGAUAUUGUGGUCAGAAAUUGUCAGUCAAAAGCUGUGGCCAGUUUCUAUCCUGCAUGCAACCGAAGAAGAUAACAGACCAACUCCUCUCCAUAUAGCAUCAUGUAUGGGCUUAUUGGAUACUAUGGAAUGGCUCCUCUCACUUGGCUCUGAUAUUGAUGCGACGGCAGGAAGGUUCGGCUCAGCACUCCAUUCUGCUGCUGGGCGAGGCCAGAAGAAUGCCAAUAGACCUGGCGGUCUGUAUGGUUAUCCCAUUGUGGCAGCAGCAGCUGCGGCCAAGUAUGAUUCACUCAAGUCGGCAGAGAUCGUUCAUAUUCUUCUCGAAGCAGGCGCGGAUAUUUCUUGCCGUGACCAAACAGGGCGUAAAGGUUCAGCUAUACUUCUUCAAAACGGCGCCACUGUCGAUGUCCGUGAUGACCACGAGCGUACGCCGCUGUUUCUUCUCAUCAAAAACGGGGCUAAAGCAUCGACCAUAGAUGUAGACAGCCAAACACCGCUUUUUGCUGCUAUUCAAAAUGGCCAUACGUCUAUUGUUGAGACCUUGACUCAAUACGAUAUCGAUGUCAGGACACAGGACAAUGCUGGGCUUACACCGCUACAUAUUGCGGUAAAAUUAGGCCACGAGCAGAUUGUUAAUAUUCUGCUCCGUCAUGGAGCAGAUGCAAAUGCAGCAGAUAAGAAUGGGAUGACACCGGUAUUUUUCGCAGCACUUGACGGGAACAAUGCAAUCCUGCAAGACUUGAUCCAGCACCAGGGACAAGUAAACCGCAAGACCUCCCUUGCGGCAUGGACACCAUUGCACGCUGCGGCCUGUGGAAAAAGAGAACAGGCCACCACCGUACAACUUCUGCUAGAUAAUGGAGCGGAGGUGGAUGCUGCUGACAGCCACGGGAAUACCCCUCUGUUUUAUGCUGCUGGAAAUGGUCUUCCGGCCACUAUUGAAACUCUUAUUCGAUACAACGCGCAGAUAAACGCGACACAAGAACAAGGUCUGACACCAAUAUAUGCCGCACUUGCCGGUGUACAACCGUUGGCUCUUGAGACUCUAGUAAAAUAUGGGGGACGUAAUCUUAUCGGCGAUGAGUGUGUCACUCUGCGUGGGUAUACUCCGUUGAUGAUUGCAAUUUUGAUUGAAGAAUUUCGCCCUCUUGUCCAAACCCUUGUCAGAGCCGGUAUGUGGGUGAACUCUCGAGACAAUGCAGGGUUAGCACCUCUACACUUAGCUACACUACUUGGGGAUGUGGGAAUCCUUGAACUUCUCUUACAAAAUGAUGCCGCCGUGAAUGUUAUGACUGACAAAGGUUGGACGCCAUUACAUCUGGCCGUGAGCGAAGGGAAGGAGGACAUUGUUCAGUUAUUACUGGACAAUAAUGCGGAUGUAAAUGCAGGAAAUGAUGAGAUCACACCAAUUUAUAUAGCUAUUGAUAACAGGGACGCGCUCAUUACCAGGAGGCUUGUUCGAUAUGGGGCUGAGGCAGACCAUGGACCUGAAUUUGGACCAGAGUUCCUGGCCUAUGCUAAUCAUUGGGGACAUGAUCGCAUUGUUAAGCUUAUGGUAGAACACUUGCUUUCAAAGGACGCUGUUGACUAG